UUGUUUUUUUUUAGCAGUGCAGUCAGUGAAGAGGAGCAUGCUGUCCUGAGAGGCAGCCCUCUCGGGGGAGUAAAAUUAUUAAAGCUGGAAAUAGCUGAAAGAGAUGUGGAUUCAGUAUUUUUUAAUGCUGUAGAUACAAAAAGGCACCUAUGGUGGUGUCUUAUUUUAGGUUCAGGGUUUUUUUUUUUUCCCAAGUGCCAGUAAAACAUUGGAUGCUCUUUUUAAGAGUGAAGCAGAGCAAGGGAGCAUGUGAGAAGUAAUUGUAGUACUUGGUGUUUUAUUUGAGCAUUCAGUACACCCUUUUCUUCAUGGAAUUGUCCUUACUUGUCCCUACAUCUCAGUUGCACUGCAACCACCUUCCUUUCAGUGGCUUGGGAAGGAGGUCAUUGUGAAGAGUUUGGGAGUCCUUUAUAUUCCAUAGAGAAUGCAUGGAAGUGUUAAUGUAGCUCUGUGUGAAUGUAGGUAUUAACAGAGAGGAUUAAGAGCAGGCUUUGAUUGGCAAGUAGAAGGUAUUUUACUUGUAUUAAAAGCACAGAUUAUAUCUUGGCUGAAUCUGCUUUGAACCACUAAAGGUGAUAAAGCAGCUCAUCCUCAUGGUUGGUUGGAGUCUGAUGCUUCAGAUGCUAAUAAGGAUGAUACUUGUAAGAUUUAAAAAAAAACCAAACAGAUAAUGGUGUAGAUGUUUUGGUUUUGUCCCUUAAAGCUUGCUAUAGUUCAAAGAACCCAAUGGAAAUAUAUUAAUCCCACAUUCUGAUAGAACUGAUAUUUCUAGGGAGCUUCUGUAGCCUGCUAUGGGCACAGGCUCAGACCUGUCUUUGUAAAUAAAGAAAACAUUAUGUGGUAUUUUAUUAAAUUUCAGUGUGUAGCAGCUUUGUACACUGCUGUCUAUAUUUGUUUCUUUUAAGACACAAAAUUUUAAAAUUUAAUUUCUUUUGGUUUUUCCAUUAGUUCCUUAGUAGCUCUUAAGCAUUAUUUCCAUAUUUGUUGCUGAAAUGGAUGGUUUUUAUUACAAGAAUAGCAGUCAUUUAUCAUGGGAAAGGAAAAGUAAUCCUUAAUUUUUAAAAUUAUAGGAUUAAGUGCUUCUGACUUUGCAAACAUUGCAAAUUUUCAGUAUAGAAAAGGUAUCUGUUAAGCUUAUAGCCCUUGUGGAAAGACAUCAGUUUUCACUUUUAAGUCCAUUUUAUGCAGACUAAUAUGACCUUAUUUGUAGGUGAGUUAAAGGUUAUUGAAACUGAAAGCUUUCUUCAGGUUCACAACACGUUAAAUACAGGAGCACUUCCGCUGACAUUAAUGUUAAGCGUAUAAUUGAGUGCUGUGCUGAAUUAGGGUCUGAUGUCAUUUGGAAUGUGCUGCAGGACUCUGUGUGUCUAUUAAUGUUCCUUAAGGAAAGGAGGAACUUAACGGACCCGCAGCUGUAGGAGGAAUCUAACCCAACUAGUAAAUUUGAGUUUCAAUUUAUUUAUUCAGCCAUUACUUGGCAGUUGAAGACAGUUGCACUUUUAUUUUUCCAUUUAAAAGUGUUCUUGCUUCUUGAGGACUUGGGGAAUAUCAGAGGGACAUGGGUCAGCAGGACGUGUGCUCAUAUUGCGGUGUCAGUUACUCUCAGUUCAUCGAAUCACACUCUGCAAAUAAACAUUUCAGUGGGACCAGAUGCCUCUGGGUGCUCUGGAGCCUGUAGAGUUUUAGUGCACUGGAUGAAUGUGUACAGCAGUGUUUUUAACAUUUUGGGCAGAUUCUUAAGUUUGAAAUCUGUUUUAAAGAACAGGAGAUAGAAAACAAGCUACACUAACCAAACCUGAGUACCAGUGUCAUGUCCCAGGCUGUCCCUUUUACCCUUGUUUGGAACCCAUUGGAGGUAUUUGCUCAGGAAAAUGAAAGUUGAAGAGAACAUUCUGGUACUGUAUGAGUGAGCUGAGCAGCAUUACACACUCAGGAGGAAUCUUGACAUCAUUUCAUACUGUCAGAAGAGCUUUUGGUCUCAACAAAGGGAAUGGAAGGAUAAUUUCUGAUUAUUUCUCUUUAUGAUAUGAAGUUGCUGCAGUAUCGGAGGCAGCCAUUUGGUUUUCAUAAAUAGUGUAAUUUCAGUGGUUUUGAAAGUAACAAGCGGGUAAGAGGUAUUUUCCUAAGAGUUCAACAGGUUAAAUUAGGUGGAUCUAUGCAGUUGUCUUUGGUAGGGGAACUGCAAAGAACAUAGGAAACAAUGUUGCUGUGUAAGUGAAGAUAGAAAGUGAAGAUUUUUUUUUGCAGAAAAGCAAAGCUGUUUGGAAGUUGAAUGAGGUAGAUCAGGACUUGUCCAACAGAGUAUCUCUGAGGAUGAGGUCCCACAGUGGAUAAGUGUUCCAGGCCUUGGCCUCUCUUGUGACUUUUUUUUCCAUGCAUAAAAUAGGGAUUUCCCAUUGUAACUCAUGUCCAUGGACUCUUCACCUUGAGGAAAAUUAUGUUUGGUUUCAGUUAAAAAAAGCAGAGUUAGUUUUUAAGGAUUGCAACUCACUUUUCCCAGCAAAAUUAAUUUAUUGUCUGGAGUUCUUGAUGCUUGUGAAAGGUGGUUAAAGGGUAUUAUAAUAACGUUAAGGUUUGUUUCCUCAUUGAAAAUACAAUCCAGUCUGUAAUGUAUCAAUGACAGUUUCCAUAUGGUAAGAAAAAACAUGUUUUGUUUUCUUUCGAAGUGAAACUCCUGCAAAUCCUCGGGAACUUGUUACUCUGCAGAUGUGUCUCCAUUUGGAUCUCCCUGCUGUUGCUUUUCUGUUGGGUACUUCUGUGGACAGCUGCUGCAGCAGUGAUCCCUUGAAACUGGUCUUUCAGAAAGAUGAAGUAGGAGUUGGACUUAGUUUUAAAACAUAGUUCCCAUCUGUUUCUUCUGUUAUUAUAGAAUGAACUCAUACCUUGCUAGAGGUCACUGUAAACUUGUUGCUCUUGGGUUUUUUGGGCUGUUCAGGUGCUCUUCAAGUGUUUGUUCUGAAUGGGGAGCAUGUUUGGUUACUGUGGAAGGCUGAUUGCUGUUCAGUGAUUUCUUCAGCUCUGUUACCUUAAACCGGUAGGGUUUUUUCUCCCCCCAUUGCUGUCUUCAAAAUGCAGUGAGCACAAAACUUUGGAAUGCUUUGGCUGAUUAGCUGACUCCUGUGCAACUGGCUGAAUUGCUGGUAUUCUAUUGAUUGCAUUACAUCAUUAUAAAGAUAUUGUAAAUCUUAAUGGGAGUAUUCUAAAACUCAACUCUUUUUUUCCCCUCUCCAUAGGCUCAUAAGUCAGUGAACUUUGUUUCAACCCUGCUUCAGAUCACUAUGUCCGAGCAACUGGAUUUACCAGUGAGACAGGCAGGCAAGUUUUCAAAUAUUUUUUUCAUUGUAUCUACUCUGAUGGUGCAUAUACACAAGUACACGUACAGAUACUGUUAAAGAAUUCUAAUGAUUUUAAUGUCAAGCACUCAGAAGCUGGGAGUUGCUCAAAUUACAGUCAUCACGAGCUAUUAUCUGGCACCAUACACUGAGUAAGGAAGACAGAAAGAAAAGGUGUGUCUGGCUCUUGAAUGAUUCUUCCCCUUUAUCUCUAGUGAACAUUCCUGGGGGAAGCAGAAUGGUUUAUGAUGCUGGUGCACUUAGUCCAAGAAGGUUAUUUAAACUUGGACUGUGAGCACUUAAGUUUCUAAAUAUAUUAAGUGGAAGAAAACAAAUUAUGCCUUUUGGAACCCUGCUUAUUUGCAUGUGAGCCAUCAGUAAAAUUGGAUGUUGAUUAUUGACAGCUCUAAACAUUGCCUUAAAGCUGCUCUAAUUACUUGGUAGAGGUUUUUAGUACUAUACUUCAGUGGGUUUUCUGACUGGUCAGGAAGGUGUGAUCUGGAUUGCUUAUUUUGACCUUCCAUGUAGUAGACUACUCUAAGUUGUAGCCUAAACUUAGCUUGCAUUUUUAUCUUACUGCUUGGGGGUAUAAUUCAAAUGAUGACUCAAAAAGCUUACUGCUUUACAAGUAGAACAUACAAAAAGAAGUUUGAAGAAAACCUCUGAAAUUUCACCCUCCUCCAUGUUAGCCAAUUAAACCCCAGAGCAUCCUGUGGGGAGCGGGGAUGGCUCAUGCAAGGCCCAGCUUACAAACAGUGUGUGUUCACAAAGCAAUUAAAGAUAAAUCCCUCUGAGGGCUGGCUGACGUCUCUGUCACUUCAGUCUUAUAAUCAUCUGCUGAGUCUUUCUUGACCUCCACAGACACUUUCAGAAACCCUCUGGUUUCUGAAUCUUUAAAAGAUGCAUAUGAAAUUUAGGAAGAGAAGUUGCUUUAUGGACUUCUAUGUAGAAUUAGAUUAACAGUAACUUUGUUAUCAGUUUGCCAUUUGAGAUUUCCUAUUGCAUGUUCUCCAAGUGCUGUGAUUUAUAUUCUGCCACAGAAGCAGUUUGGAUUUGGUUAUCAAAUAGUAAAUGCAGGGUUUGUUCCAGGAGCCUGAUUGCUACAAAUUGCUGUAGACCAUAACCUGGAUAUAAAAGAGCUCUGUUUCUCCAGUAUUCAUUCCUGUAUCACCAACUUAAUUAGAUUUUUUUGCUUACAAGGGAUGUUUUAGGUUGUCAUUAGUAUUGAUCAGCUUUUCUUUUUCAGUUUUAAUGAAAACAUUGAGAAAAUCAUUAUAAUGGAGUUUUCAGAAAUUGCUAAAUAGUUCCACAACUGCUUACCUGAAUCACAGAUGAAAGCAAUAUGUUUAGUAUUUUAUAUUAAAUGGGUGAAAGUAUGAAUUUAGUAAAUUAUUGGGUUAAUAAAUUGCACGGUUUAUGUAUUUUGAUUCUCCUACUUAGGGUCAAUGCUUUUGUAAUUUUGGUUCAUCUUGUUCUAAAAAAUAUUCACUUGCGAGUUGUGCAUUUGUUUUGUACUUGGAAUGUCUGUCAGCUGAUUUGCCACUCUUGUUUCACAGGAGUUAUCUACUUGAAAAAUAUGAUAACCCAGUAUUGGCCGGACCGUGACAGUGCUCCAGGAGAGAUCCCACCUUACUCCAUCCCAGAAGAAGACAGACACUGUAUCCGUGAGAACAUUGUAGAAGCCAUUAUCCACUCUCCUGAGCUGAUCAGAGUACAGCUUACUACUUGCAUUCACCACAUUAUCAAGUAUGAUUAUCCAAGUCGCUGGACUGCAGUUGUGGAGAAAAUUGGAUUUUAUCUCCAGUCUGACAACAGUGCUUGUUGGCUUGGAAUUCUUCUCUGUCUUUAUCAACUUGUGAAAAACUAUGAGUACAAGAAACCAGAGGAACGGAGUCCCUUGAUAGCUGCAAUGCAACAUUUUCUGCCAGUCCUGAAGGACAGCUUCAUUCAGCUCUUGAAUGAUCCAUCAGACCAGUCUGUCCUCAUCCAGAAACAGAUCUUCAAAAUAUUUUAUGCCCUUGUCCAGUACACAUUACCUUUGGAGUUGAUAAAUCAGCAAAACCUGACUGAGUGGAUAGAAAUCCUGAAGACUGUUGUUGAUAGGGAUGUACCAGCUGAAACCCUUCAGGUUGAUGAGGAUGAUAGACCUGAGCUGCCAUGGUGGAAAUGCAAGAAGUGGGCUUUGCAUAUCUUAGCUAGGCUCUUUGAGAGGUAUGGAAGCCCUGGUAAUGUUUCCAAGGAGUACAAUGAGUUUGCUGAAGUUUUCCUGAAGGCCUUCGCUGUUGGUGUUCAGCAAGUGUUGUUGAAGGUGCUGUAUCAAUACAAGGAAAAGCAGUACAUGGCUCCUAGAGUUCUGCAGCAAACGCUGAAUUACAUUAAUCAAGGAGUGUCUCAUGCAGUCACCUGGAAGAAUCUGAAACCUCAUAUUCAAGGAAUCAUCCAAGAUGUUAUUUUCCCAUUGAUGUGCUAUACAGAUGCUGAUGAAGAGCUUUGGCAAGAAGAUCCAUAUGAAUAUAUCCGCAUGAAAUUUGAUGUAUUUGAAGACUUCAUUUCUCCAACAACUGCUGCUCAGACAUUAUUGUUUACAUCGUGUAGUAAAAGGAAAGAGGUCCUGCAGAAGACAAUGGGCUUCUGUUAUCAAAUCCUUACGGAGCCAAACGCUGAUCCUCGCAAGAAAGAUGGUGCUUUACAUAUGAUUGGUUCUUUGGCUGAAAUUCUCCUAAAAAAGAAGAUCUAUAAGGAUCAGAUGGAAUAUAUGUUGCAGAAUCAUGUGUUCCCUCUCUUCAGCAGUGAGCUGGGUUACAUGAGAGCGCGGGCUUGCUGGGUUCUUCAUUAUUUCUGUGAAGUCAAAUUUAAAAGUGACCAGAAUCUCCAGACAGCCUUAGAACUCACGAGACGGUGUCUGAUAGAUGAUAGGGAAAUGCCUGUGAAAGUGGAAGCUGCAAUAGCUCUUCAAGUUCUCAUCAGUAAUCAAGAGAAAGCUAAAGAAUAUAUUACUCCAUUCAUUAGACCUGUAAUGCAAGCUUUGCUUCAUAUUAUAAGAGAGACUGAAAAUGAUGACCUUACUAAUGUGAUUCAGAAGAUGAUCUGUGAAUAUAGUGAAGAAGUUACCCCAAUUGCAGUAGAAAUGACACAGCAUUUGGCAAUGACAUUUAACCAGGUGAUCCAGACUGGUCCAGAUGAAGAGGGCAGUGAUGACAAAGCAGUGACAGCAAUGGGAAUCUUGAAUACUAUCGAUACACUUCUCAGUGUAGUUGAAGAUCACAAGGAAAUUACCCAGCAGCUGGAAGGGAUCUGUUUGCAAGUGAUUGGAACAGUUUUGCAGCAGCAUGUAUUAGAGUUCUACGAGGAGAUCUUCUCCUUGGCUCAUAGUCUGACCUGCCAACAGGUUUCUGCACAAAUGUGGCAGCUUCUUCCUCUUGUGUUUGAAGUCUUCCAGCAGGAUGGUUUUGAUUAUUUUACUGAUAUGAUGCCUCUCUUGCAUAAUUAUGUUACUGUUGAUACAGAUACACUUCUGUCAGACACAAAAUAUCUUGAAAUGAUCUACAGUAUGUGCAAGAAGGUCCUUACAGGAGUUGCUGGAGAAGAUGCAGAAUGUCAUGCAGCAAAGCUGUUAGAAGUAAUUAUUCUUCAGUGUAAAGGGCGUGGCAUUGAUCAGUGCAUACCCUUGUUUGUGGAAGCUGCCUUGGAGAGACUGACCAGAGAAGUGAAAACCAGUGAACUGCGAACCAUGUGCCUCCAGGUUGCCAUAGCUGCUUUGUAUUACAAUCCUCAUUUACUAUUAAACACGUUGGAAAAUCUUCGUUUCCCCAACAAUGUGGAGCCUGUCACCAAUCACUUCAUAACUCAGUGGCUUAAUGAUGUGGACUGUUUCCUAGGACUUCAUGACAGAAAGAUGUGUGUGCUUGGCUUGUGUGCUCUUAUUGAUCUAGAGCAAAUACCACAGGUUUUAAAUCAAGUUGCUGGGCAGAUCCUGCCAGCUUUUAUCCUUCUGUUUAAUGGAUUGAAAAGAGCAUAUGCCUGUCAUGCAGAGCAUGAAAAUGACAGUGAUGAUGAUGAUGAAGCUGAAGAAGAUGAGGAAACAGAGGAGCUGGGGAGUGAUGAAGAUGACAUUGAUGAAGAUGGUCAAGAAUACCUAGAAAUUCUAGCAAAACAGGCAGGUGAAGAUGGAGAUGAUGAAGAUUGGGAAGAAGAUGAUGCUGAAGAGACUGCUUUAGAAGGCUAUUCCACGAUUAUUGAUGAUGAGGACAACCCUAUUGAUGAAUAUCAGAUAUUUAAAACAAUUUUUCAGACAAUUCAGAACCGUAACCCUGUGUGGUACCAGGCUUUGACACAGGGCCUGAACGAAGAACAAAGGAAGCAGCUGCAGGACAUAGCGACCCUGGCAGAUCAGCGGCGGGCAGCACACGAAUCCAAAAUGAUUGAAAAGCAUGGAGGAUACAAAUUCAAUGCUCCAGUUGUGCCAACUUCAUUUAAUUUUGGAGGCCCUGCCCCAGGAAUGAAUUGAAUUACCACUUUUCCUGCUACUGUGUGAUUGUAGUGAAGAGCUUGUGUUCCUCCCAAUAGUGGUUCCAGAACUGGUUCAUGUUAUCUACAACUCACUCUAAACUAAUUUAUAAAUAGAUUGGACGAAAGCCCCAGAAGUGGGACCUGAUUAUUCAACCUGAUACUGGAAAGCAAACCAGAGGGUUUUUUGAAGAUAGGAAGAAUCUGAAUUUAAAGCUUCAAAUGACACACUUUGGAGAUCGGAAAUCAAGAGGGGAUGUCAUGAAGGCAGCUUUUCUUUUUCUGAGGAAAAAAAACUAGACAUGGGCUGCAGGACUAUUUAAAAUGUCUCAUUUACAGUACAAGCUAGAAGGCAGAAUUAAUUUUUACACCUGUGGCAGUAUGAGUAUUUGCCCAGUUUCUUUCCCUUUUAUCCCUACUACUGGGUGUCUAUUCUUUUAAUGUAAAUAAGAUAAGGUAAUCAGAUAGCCUUACUUAAUCUUCAUCAUUUCCAUUUAUCAAGAUUGUUCAUAUGUAGAAUAUUGGACACUUAAUGUAGCACUACAUAACUGAUAAAUCUGUAAAUGAAUUAGCACUUUCAUAUUGAAACAAGCCUGCUAGCCUAUGUACAAAAAUAGCAAAAUGUUUGCUGUUUAUAAAAAUAAAAAAUAAGGGAUGUACUGGGGAAAAUAAUUUCAAGUUAUUAAUUUAAAAUGAACUAGCAGUUUUGUACCUGGUGACUUUGUGGUGCAGUCACCUCUGGUUGUGACUUGAAUUCGGAUAUGUAAAAAGGGGUUAGUGAUAUUUCAUUGCUGCUAAAGAAAAAAUAGCAACACCCUCCGUGUCCUUUGUUUUUUUUAAAGAUCUCACUGUACAAGCUAGAAAAUUGAACAAAUGUGUACUGUAAGCACAAAGAAAAGUUACCCUCUAAAAAAGGUAAAUGAGAUGUGAAGUUCUAAAGGUCAAUUGAAGUGUAUGGGUAAAACAUCUACAUAUGCAAUCUAUUAAAAACAAGAGUGUCAUUGGCUGAUCUAGGCUAUGGGAUAUAAAUGAAAUUUUUAACCCCAGGUGUGCAAAAUAUUCUUUUUCCAGCUCAUGGUAGUGCAGGUGCACUACUCCUGCAUUUCAUUCCCCCUCUUUUUGCACUUGCACCAUUCGUGUGUGCUGUUGUCUGCCUGAUCCAGACAGUGUAUUUGAAGUUUUGCCAAUCUUUUGGUUUUGAAGCCACAAUUUUCUUCCUUCAAAGUUGCUAUAGUAACUAGUAUUUUAGCUAGAGAGGCAAAAUACAGUUCCCUCUGGGACCACUAUCAAAACCACUGUAUGAAGAAGCCAGCAGGGAGAGGCUGUGAAUGGGUUGGCUUAAAUGCCCCCUUUUUCUUUUCUAAAAGCAAAAUCCAUUGGCGUUUGAUCUUGCCUUGAGAUCAUUGGUGUCAGGUCUUUUAAAUCAAAUGUUUGGGUUGGUUUUUUUUUUCUUUAGGCUGUUUUUAUAUAAAAAUGUCACCUGCUGUUACAAUUGAUAUUAAACAAGCUACCUUAAUUUAAUGUAAGCCUCCAAAAUUUAAAUACAGGUUAAAAAUAAACUGAGUUUUUAUCUGUAAAAAUGAAAUGCACAUAUAUAUAUAUUAUGAUACUCAAAAUGCAGUCUUCAGAAAAUU